AUGAUCAGUGAGCUCACCCCUCUUCGAAAUGCAGUUGAAGACGAUGUCCAAUGCAUGGAAUCAGCCGUAAAUUCCAAAACAGCUUCUGAGGGUGUAACAGAUCAUAGUGAAAGUCAAUCCCUUAUUACGUCAUUCGACGGUCUCUAUCAUGAAUUGGCUGCGUUCGCUGACGUGCACAAGUUAACAAUGUCACCUUCGAUGGACGUAGCAACGUCUUCUUUCUCAAAUCACAACAGUAGUAUACAGAAUUUAUCAGCUUUUCAGCUACCUAAGCGUUCAUUUUCUAUAUUUUCCGGUGUGAUGACCGAAUGGCAGAGUUUUGAUGAUUUGUUUAACUCUAUCCUGUCACACGCUCCUGAACUGCACGACGUUGAACGAUUUGAAUUUCUAAAAAUGUCUCUAAAGGGUGAAGCCUUAUCACUGGUGUCCCAUCUUGCGUUAACGGCUACAAACUAUGCUAGUGCGUGGAAAAUCUUGCGUUCCCGUUAUGGCAACAAACGUGAUCUUGCCCGUAUUCACCUUGAUGCUCUGCUCGCUAAACAGAAUGUUAAGGCUAAUGAUGGGACCUCUAUACAAACUCAGAUUAAUACGAUCUUAGAGAACACUGCUGCUUUGGAUAAUCUUGAUUUCGUGACGCGCCAGUGGAGCCCGCUUCUGGUACAUGUCGUUGAAAAACACCUCGACUAUGAGCUACGUGCUAGAUGGGAAUUGGUUGUUGGGGAUAACCACUAUCCACAAUUAAUAUCUGAGUUUGUCGAUUUCUUGCGUACACAUUUGCGGUCUGCGGAAAUUUAUUCCAAUUGUACCUCAGUUGACCGUCCAGAUAGUGUACCCAAAACUCACAAGUCAAGUAGACAGUCAAGUUUUAAACCUCGUUCGUCUUCCACCGUUCUAGCAACUACCUCUAGUAACUCACCAGUAAAGCCGUGUCCACUCUGUAAUGCACCUCACUCAAUCAGAUUAUGUAAAUUAUUUACCGACAAGCCUCCGAAUGAACGCUUUUCUGUCGCAAAAUCUCAUCGCUUGUGUAUAAAUUGCCUUGGAUCCGGUCAUUCGUCAGUGAAUUGCGCCUCUAAGUAUAAAUGUCAGUCGUGUAAACGAAGUCAUCACACGCUGUUACAUUUUGACUCAACUACUGCUCCAUCACGUCCUUCAGGGUCCAUGACGUCAACUGGUGGAUCCACUGCGUCCUCAGAUUCUAUGCCUUCGGGUGGUGUCUCACAUACCACGACAUGUCUUGUUCGAGGCCAGCCUCAGAGUGUCGUGUUGCUGUCUACAGCUCUUGUUGAUGUAUAUGCUGCUGAUGGACGACGUCAUGUCUUGAGAGCUUUGUUGGAUUGCGGGUCACAAGCAAGCUUCAUCACUGAGAAAGCGUGUUGUGCGUUAAUGCUUCGUCGGUAUCAUUCACCUGUUAGUGUUUCUACGUUCGCUAGUACAGCGUCGACGUGUGUUAGUGGGAAAUGUAGUAUAAAUAUUGUUCCCUGUGGCUUACAGUCACCAUCAGUCUCCACUGACGUAUCAAUAAUUUCUAAAAUCACCGGGCCAACUCCUCAAUCACCGUUAUUAACUGGGCGAUGGGCACAUAUUCAGAAUUUACCCUUAGCAGAUCCAUCAUACAACAUCCCUGGUGCUAUCGAUUUGUUAUUGGGAGCCGAUCUGUUACCCUCGAUUUACCUGGAUGGUAUGCAAAGUGGUCUGGUUGGUGAACCCAUCGCCAUGAACACUAUAUUUGGUUGGGUUCUCUUGGGACCAAUGGAUUCAUGUGACCGUUCUUCCAUUACUACAAUGUGUCUCACUAUCUCCGAACCACUCGAUUCACUAUUGAAACAAUUCUGGGAGCUUGAAGAACUGCCUAUCACCUGCCAUUUGAGCCCCGCUGAUAUUGCUGCAGAACAAAUAUACCAAUCAACGACCACCCGUUUAAGUUCUGGACGAUUUGUCGUCUCGAUUCCUUUUCUGAAACCAUUGCCGUUGCUCGGCGAUUCGAGGACGUUGGCUCUUCAGAGGUUCAGGGCCCUUGAAUUCAGAUUAAAUCGUAACAAAACACUACAGACUCAGUACGCUGAAUUUAUGCGCGACUACUUAACAGCUGGUCAUAUGGAAAUGAUUCCACCCGCUGAUCAAGGAAAUCCGUAUCAUUACUAUAUUCCGCACCAUUGUGUUAUCAAACCAGACAGCCUUACUACCAAACUGAGGGUAGUCUUCAACGCAUCUGCCAAGACUUCAGCUGGUAUAUCACUUAAUGAAAGUAUGUACACAAGUCCCAAACUGCAACCUGACAUACAAGUUGUUCUACUUCGUGCUCGACUGUGGAAAUACCUAUUCAUGGCUGACAUAAAACAAAUGUAUCGCCAGAUCCUCGUUAGACCCGAAGACAGAGACUAUUUGCGGAUCUUGUGGAGAUUUUCGUCUACCUCUCAAAUUGACGAAUACCGUUUAUGUACCGUGACAUAUGGAACGUCAGCUGCACCCUUCCAAGCGCUCCGCACCGUCCGUGAACUAGCCAACGAGCGAACUCAACAGAAGCUGCUCUUGAAUGUCAAUCUCAAUUAA